CUCACAAAGAACUAACCAGGUCCAUGGGAAGCACAGUGCUUGGCUUCGUCUUUUGCAAUUCUGCAUCUUUUGCAUUUCCCUUCUCGCUCUGCUGCUCGCUCGCCUUUCUUUUUCGUCCUUUUCCCCCUUUUUUGCUCGCACCGUUACACUUUCUCUGUCCUCCUGGCUUUGUUAUUCAGCAUGUCUGAUUAGCAGGAGCCUGAUUGGCUGGCUGCCUGCUCCGAGAGAGAUUCCAUUCAGCUUACCCCCCACCCAUCCACCCACCCACCCCUCGGUCAGGAAAUGUGAGAGGGGCUGAUGGAAGCUGAUAGGCAGGACUGGAGUGUUAGCACCAGUACUGGAUGUGACAGCAGGCAGAGGAGCACUUAGCAGCUUAUUCAGUGUCCGAUUCUGAUUCCGGCAAGGAUCCAAGCAUGGAAUGCUGCCGUCGGGCAACUCCUGGCACACUGCUCCUCUUUCUGGCUUUCCUGCUCCUGAGUUCCAGGACCGCACGCUCCGAGGAGGACCGGGACGGCCUAUGGGAUGCCUGGGGCCCAUGGAGUGAAUGCUCACGCACCUGCGGGGGAGGGGCCUCCUACUCUCUGAGGCGCUGCCUGAGCAGCAAGAGCUGUGAAGGAAGAAAUAUCCGAUACAGAACAUGCAGUAAUGUGGACUGCCCACCAGAAGCAGGUGAUUUCCGAGCUCAGCAAUGCUCAGCUCAUAAUGAUGUCAAGCACCAUGGCCAGUUUUAUGAAUGGCUUCCUGUGUCUAAUGACCCUGACAACCCAUGUUCACUCAAGUGCCAAGCCAAAGGAACAACCCUGGUUGUUGAACUAGCACCUAAGGUCUUAGAUGGUACGCGUUGCUAUACAGAAUCUUUGGAUAUGUGCAUCAGUGGUUUAUGCCAAAUUGUUGGCUGCGAUCACCAGCUGGGAAGCACCGUCAAGGAAGAUAACUGUGGGGUCUGCAACGGAGAUGGGUCCACCUGCCGGCUGGUCCGAGGGCAGUAUAAAUCCCAGCUCUCCGCAACCAAAUCGGAUGAUACUGUGGUUGCAAUUCCCUAUGGAAGUAGACAUAUUCGCCUUGUCUUAAAAGGUCCUGAUCACUUAUAUCUGGAAACCAAAACCCUCCAGGGGGCUAAAGGUGAAAACAGUCUCAGCUCCACAGGAACUUUCCUUGUGGACAAUUCUAGUGUGGACUUCCAGAAAUUUCCAGACAAAGAGAUACUGAGAAUGGCUGGACCACUCACAGCAGAUUUCAUUGUCAAGAUUCGUAACUCGGGCUCCGCUGACAGUACAGUCCAGUUCAUCUUCUAUCAACCCAUCAUCCACCGAUGGAGGGAGACGGAUUUCUUUCCUUGCUCAGCAACCUGUGGAGGAGGUUAUCAGCUGACAUCGGCUGAGUGCUACGAUCUGAGGAGCAACCGUGUGGUUGCUGACCAAUACUGUCACUAUUACCCAGAGAACAUCAAACCCAAACCCAAGCUUCAGGAGUGCAACUUGGAUCCUUGUCCAGCCAGUGACGGAUACAAGCAGAUCAUGCCUUAUGACCUCUACCAUCCCCUUCCUCGGUGGGAGGCCACCCCAUGGACCGCGUGCUCCUCCUCGUGUGGGGGGGGCAUCCAGAGCCGGGCAGUUUCCUGUGUGGAGGAGGACAUCCAGGGGCAUGUCACUUCAGUGGAAGAGUGGAAAUGCAUGUACACCCCUAAGAUGCCCAUCGCGCAGCCCUGCAACAUUUUUGACUGCCCUAAAUGGCUGGCACAGGAGUGGUCUCCGUGCACAGUGACAUGUGGCCAGGGCCUCAGAUACCGUGUGGUCCUCUGCAUCGACCAUCGAGGAAUGCACACAGGAGGCUGUAGCCCAAAAACAAAGCCCCACAUAAAAGAGGAAUGCAUCGUACCCACUCCCUGCUAUAAACCCAAAGAGAAACUUCCAGUCGAGGCCAAGUUGCCAUGGUUCAAACAAGCUCAAGAGCUAGAGGAAGGAGCUGCUGUGUCAGAGGAGCCCUCGUUCAUCCCAGAGGCCUGGUCGGCCUGCACAGUCACCUGUGGUGUGGGGACCCAGGUGCGAAUAGUCAGGUGCCAGGUGCUCCUGUCUUUCUCUCAGUCCGUGGCUGACCUGCCUGUUGACGAGUGUGAAGGGCCCAAGCCAGCAUCCCAGCGUGCCUGUUAUGCAGGGCCAUGCAGCGGGGAAAUUCCUGAGUUCAACCCAGACGAGACGGAUGGGCUCUUUGGUGGCCUGCAGGAUUUCGACGAGCUGUAUGACUGGGAGUAUGAGGGGUUCACCAAGUGCUCCGAGUCCUGUGGAGGAGGUGUCCAGGAGGCUGUGGUGAGCUGCUUGAACAAACAGACUCGGGAGCCUGCUGAAGAGAACCUGUGCGUGACCAGCCGCCGGCCCCCACAGCUCCUGAAAUCCUGCAAUUUGGAUCCCUGCCCAGCAAGGUGGGAAAUUGGCAAGUGGAGUCCAUGUAGUCUCACAUGUGGGGUCGGCCUACAGACCAGAGACGUCUUCUGCAGCCACCUGCUUUCCAGAGAGAUGAAUGAAACAGUCAUCCUGGCUGAUGAGCUGUGUCGCCAGCCCAAGCCCAGCACGGUGCAAGCUUGUAACCGCUUUAAUUGCCCCCCAGCCUGGUACCCUGCACAGUGGCAGCCGUGUUCCAGAACGUGUGGCGGGGGUGUUCAGAAACGUGAGGUUCUUUGCAAGCAGCGCAUGGCUGAUGGCAGUUUCCUGGAGCUUCCUGAGACCUUCUGUUCAGCUUCAAAACCUGCCUCCCAGCAAGCAUGCAAGAAAGAUGACUGUCCCAGCGAGUGGCUUCUCUCAGACUGGACAGAGUGUUCCACAAGCUGCGGGGAAGGCACCCAGACUCGAAGUGCCAUUUGCCGAAAGAUGCUGAAAACCGGCAUCUCAACGGUUGUCAAUUCCACCCUGUGCCCGCCCCUGCCUUUCUCUUCCUCCAUCAGGCCCUGUAUGCUGGCAACCUGUGCAAGGCCCGGGCGGCCAUCCACGAAGCACAGCCCGCACAUUGCAGCCGCCAGGAAGGUCUACAUCCAGACUCGCAGGCAGAGGAAGCUGCACUUCGUGGUGGGGGGCUUCGCCUACCUGCUCCCCAAGACGGCGGUGGUGCUGCGCUGCCCGGCGCGCAGGGUCCGCAAGCCCCUCAUCACCUGGGAGAAGGACGGCCAGCACCUCAUCAGCUCGACGCACGUCACGGUGGCCCCCUUCGGCUAUCUCAAGAUCCACCGCCUCAAGCCCUCGGAUGCAGGCGUCUACACCUGCUCAGCGGGCCCGGCCCGGGAGCACUUUGUGAUUAAGCUCAUCGGAGGCAACCGCAAGCUCGUGGCCCGGCCCUUGAGCCCGAGAAGUGAGGAAGAGGCGCUUGCGGGGAGGAAGGGCGGCCCGAAGGAGGCCCUGCAGACCCACAAACACCAGAACGGGAUCUUCUCCAACGGCAGCAAGGCGGAGAAGCGGGGCCUGGCCGCCAACCCGGGGAGCCGCUACGACGACCUCGUCUCCCGGCUGCUGGAGCAGGGCGGCUGGCCCGGAGAGCUGCUGGCCUCGUGGGAGGCGCAGGACUCCGCGGAAAGGAACACGACCUCGGAGGAGGACCCGGGUGCAGAGCAAGCGCUCCUGCACCUGCCCUUCACCAUGGUGACCGAGCAGCGGCGCCUGGACGACAUCCUGGGGAACCUCUCCCAGCAGCCCGAGGAGCUGCGCGACCUCUACAGCAAGCACCUGGUGGCCCAGCUGGCCCAGGAGAUCUUCCGCAGCCACCUGGAGCACCAGGACACGCUCCUGAAGCCCUCGGAGCGCAGGACUUCCCCAGUGGCUAUCUCGCCUCAUAAACACGUGUCUGGCUUCAGCAGCUCCCUGCGGACCUCCUCCACCGGGGACGCCGGGGGAGGCUUUCGAAGGCCACACCGCAAGCCCACCAUCCUGCGCAAGAUCUCAGCGGCCCAGCAGCUCUCAGCCUCGGAGGUGGUCACCCACCUGGGGCAGACGGUGGCCCUGGCCAGCGGGACACUGAGUGUUCUUCUGCACUGUGAGGCCAUCGGCCACCCAAGGCCUACCAUCAGCUGGGCCAGGAAUGGAGAAGAAGUUCAGUUCAGUGACAGGAUUCUUCUACAGCCAGAUGAUUCCUUACAGAUCUUGGCACCAGUGGAAGCAGAUGUGGGUUUCUACACUUGCAAUGCCACCAAUGCCUUGGGAUACGACUCUGUCUCCAUUGCCGUCACAUUAGCAGGAAAGCCACUAGUGAAAACGUCACGAAUUACAGUGAUCAACACGGAGAAGCCUGCAGUCACAGUCGAUAUAGGAAGCACCAUCAAAACAGUGCAAGGAGUGAAUGUGACAAUUAACUGCCAGGUUGCAGGAGUGCCUGAAGCUGAAGUCACUUGGUUCAGGAAUAAAAGCAAACUGGGCUCCCCCCACCAUCUGCACGAAGGCUCCUUGCUGCUCACAAACGUGUCCUCCUCGGAUCAGGGCCUGUACUCCUGCAGGGCGGCCAAUCUUCAUGGAGAGCUGACUGAGAGCACCCAGCUGCUGAUCCUAGAUCCCCCCCAAGUCCCCACACAGUUGGAAGACAUCAGGGCCUUGCUCGCUGCCACUGGACCGAACCUUCCUUCAGUGCUGACGUCUCCUCUGGGAACACAGCUGGUCCUGGAUCCUGGGAAUUCUGCUCUCCUUGGCUGCCCCAUCAAAGGUCACCCUGUCCCUAAUAUCACCUGGUUUCAUGGUGGUCAGCCAAUUGUCACUGCCACAGGACUGACGCAUCACAUCUUGGCAGCUGGACAGAUCCUUCAAGUUGCAAACCUUAGCGGUGGGUCUCAAGGGGAAUUCAGCUGCCUUGCUCAGAAUGAGGCAGGAGUGCUCAUGCAGAAGGCAUCUUUAGUGAUCCAAGAUUACUGGUGGUCUGUGGACAGACUGGCAACCUGCUCAGCCUCCUGUGGUAACCGGGGGGUUCAGCAGCCCCGCUUGAGGUGCCUGCUGAACAGCACGGAGGUCAACCCUGCCCACUGCGCAGGGAAGGUUCGCCCUGCGGUGCAGCCCAUCGCGUGCAACCGGAGAGACUGCCCUUCUCGGUGGAUGGUGACCUCCUGGUCUGCCUGUACCCGGAGCUGUGGGGGAGGUGUCCAGACCCGCAGGGUGACCUGUCAAAAGCUGAAAGCCUCUGGGAUCUCCACCCCUGUGUCCAAUGACAUGUGCACCCAGGUCGCCAAGCGGCCUGUGGACACCCAGGCCUGUAACCAGCAGCUGUGUGUGGAGUGGGCCUUCUCCAGCUGGGGCCAGUGCAAUGGGCCUUGCAUUGGGCCUCACCUAGCUGUGCAACACAGACAAGUCUUCUGCCAGACACGGGAUGGCAUCACCUUACCAUCAGAGCAGUGCAGUGCUCUUCCGAGGCCUGUGAGCACCCAGAACUGCUGGUCAGAGGCCUGCAGUGUACACUGGAGAGUCAGCCUGUGGACCCUGUGCACAGCUACCUGCGGCAACUACGGCUUCCAGUCCCGGCGUGUGGAGUGUGUGCAUGCCCGCACCAACAAGGCAGUGCCUGAGCACCUGUGCUCCUGGGGGCCCCGGCCUGCCAACUGGCAGCGCUGCAACAUCACCCCAUGUGAAAACAGUAUGUUCCAACCCCAAAGAACCUUCUGCAAAUUCCCCAUAGAGCAUCGAGUGCAGAGAGCAGUCCCUGGGACCGACCCUGAGCAUAGGGCAUGGGGUCAGCUUCCCCAGGGAUUGUGAGCUGGUGGUGGAGUUGAGCAUUUUCAGUGGGGUGCAUGGGUGUAUGCAGAGAGGUGUAUAUAAGCAUGACAGGGUAGGCCCCAAGGGCUUCCACGAUCUCCGUCCUGGCCCUGAGAGAGCCAGGUGCUAUUGGCCCAGUGCUGGAGGAAAUCAGCCUCCAGUUCCCCUGCAGUCAGUCUGGCUGGUGCCCACAGGGGUUGACUCAUCAACAACUCUCAGGGGCCAGGCUACUAAACAGAAAAUGCUGUUAACUCUAAAGGAGCAGAGAGUGCCUCCUGCUCAGCCAACCAGAUCUGCGCCCAUCACACCUCUGCUUCUCACCCAACAAGGACCAGCUGACCCCCUCCCUCCCAACCCCACAGGCAUCCCCUGGAACUGUCCAGGACCCCCCAGCCUUGGAAUUUGAUACUCACUUCACUCCUUCCUCGACAUCCCAAUACCAUCAUUUGUAUUCCAGUUGGGAAGGAGUUUAUUUUUUUCUUCCUCUGAACCCAAAUCAGAGGUACUUACCAUGAGAAAGGCGGCAAAGCUUGAGUCAAAGAGUAGGAAGUAAAAACCAAAUGUAGCUGUGCAGUUUUCUCCCCAACUGGGCCUCACUGAGCAAUAAAUUCCCAACACUAAGGCAGACGCCAUGUAGGCAAAUAGCCCACUUCUUUUUACACACUGGGGGAUGGAUGAUCUUUGUACUCGGGUAGUGUUAACCCAUGUUUGUGUCAGUGGCUCACCAUGCUCAGAGAGAACCAAUAUUCAAUGCACAUAGCUAAAACUUACCAAACCAAGUCAGCACAAUAUUUAAGACCAUCUAGUCUGUGCCAACACUGAACUAGAACGUCCUGGUGCUGUGUUUAAGGCAUGAUGGGUAGAAGGAAGAGAGACUGGAGGGCACAUGAAAAUAAAGCUUAACAGAGAAAGUAGGCCCAAGUGCCUGGGGAUGGGGGCACCCGACGCAAGUCUCACUUGCACACUCCUGCAAAGUGGGGGAGAAUGCAGUGCUGGGAACCAUCUUGAGGAGGAGAGUCAUUUACUUAAAAUACCAAAACCCACGGGAAAAGGCAGGUUUGCCUAGAGGGAGAGGGGAUCACCUAGGAGAUGAGGUAAUCCCAGGAAGAUAGAGAAAACAGGCAUCUUCAGGAAGUAGAGGGAGCUGCAGAAAACAAGCAGACAGCCCAGGGAGGGGCCCCAUCAUUCAGCCAGACAGCUGCAGGCUGGUGCCACCCCUGCUGUUGGCAGCCUUGGGGAGCAAGUGGCUGAGCUCUGUCAAAGUUAGGCUGGAGCACUGUGGCCAAGGCAGACCCCAGGAUGUACCCCAGUGGCUGAAACCCCCGGCUGCACCUCACACAGGCUGCGUUCAUUAGUCUCUGUUUCACAUCUCUUUUCUGUCUCCUCUCCCGACCCCGUCCUCCUUUCCCAGUGGAGUGCAGAGACACCACCAGGUACUGCGAGAAGGUGAAACAGCUGAAACUCUGCCAACUCAGCCAGUUUAAAUCUCGCUGCUGUGGAACUUGUGGCAAAGCGUGAAGAUAGGGUGUGGGGAAAAACUCUACCCUGGCCACACGAAGGACUCACGCAACCACCUCGGACAGAACCUAAGCUUUCUUCAUUCUAUUUAUUUAUUUCCCCCUCCCCACUCCACACACACCCUUCCAACCUCCUCCACCUCCACCUUCAAGCAUAAGGACGUCCGUGUGUUUUCUCUUUCAGUUAGCUGGAGGACAGGAUGUUGGGAAAGGAAAGGACAGAUGUCUAAAGGAGGUUGCAGAGCAGGCCAGGCAGACAGCGGGGGCUCCCUUGAAGAGCUUCCUCCCUCCCAAACCUGGGUCUCAAAGACCUAGGAAGAGGCAGGCACAGCCCCUGGGGACAGCAGGGAGCCAGAAGGUUUGUAGCCUAUUGGUGCAAACAUUGGACAGAUUCCUGUGUCUUUCCUAGAAGCUCACUAUCACAAACACAGGGGUGUGUUGCUCCUUUGUCUCCUCUUCCCCAUCUGUCCCUUUAGUCAUGGUUAGGACAAAUGAGGAGGGGACACCAUGCUGAGGCAGAAACUAGCCCAGAACUCAGUUCUUCUAGUGGGUGAGUGCAGAGAGAGAAGAACUCAGAUCACCAGUAGGGAGAGGUAAAAAAGCAAACAAAGCAGGCUCUAAGGCACACAACAUUGCAGAAAAUGAGGAAGGGAGGGGAGGGAAGGGACAGAAGCAAAAAGGAGCCUGUGGUGUUCCCCAGUGGGGCAGGGUGUGCAGGGGCUUCCAGGCUGCAUGAGGCUCAUGGACCAGCUCUGAUCCCAUGCAUGUGCGCAUGCUCAGAGCCCUGCUGCCCACAACAGAGCACUGCACUGCAUGGGAGUCCCCACUUCCCAGGCUAUCAGAGUCAACGUCCUGCCUGUGCAGCUGCGGCAAAGCCAGUGAGAGGUGGGUCUCGCCAUGCAGUAAGGCCACCCUGGCACCUCUUUAUCUAAAUCAGAAGUCCCCUAGCCCCGCACUAACUGCUGCUGUGGGCCAGGGCCAUUUUGAGCAUGAAUGGCCCAGGUUUUUUGCUUUCUAGGACCUUUGCUGCUCCACCGAAGGGCCAGGGACUAUGGUUAACUUAUCAACAUCAACCCAUUAACUAGUCACUGUGCCAGAGAGUAUCUGUCAGGCUGUCAGGUUGUAGCAACCUCUUCAUUCCAGAGCUGGCCCAGGGACCGGGGUGGGACAAUGAGUUUAUGCGUGUCCACAGUACACCCUCCCUCUCCCAGCCUCCACCCCAGGGUCUGCAGGUCCUCCCGCAUGUAGUAUUUACCUAGCAAGGCGGGGUGGUGGAGGCAGCACCCUGGCAAAGCAGCUCACACACUGCAGCCACACUCAUCAGCUGUGGUGAGGCGGCUGGAGCAAAGUCAAGCAGCAAAAUGAAAACUCUGGGACUCUUCGGCAAAAUCCUCAUUAAGCCGAGCAGCUUUGGCCAAGUAAUUUUUGCCUCCUUCCCCUGCGUGGCCUGAGUUUAGGAGCAAGGGUGGCCAGAGUCCUUUACCCACAGAUAAGCCUCCCCUCAUGAAAUGCCACUCACCCUGGGCUACCAUUGACAUCAGAGCUGCAUUUCCAGCCAGCCUGGAAGUAAAAUUUGAGAGGAAGACAAUAUUAAUCUGUGUCCCCACCUAGUGAGCUGUGGACAGUUUUAAGUUGGGUCUCUUUCUUCCUCACCACAAAAACAGGCUCUAAGAAAUCAUGUUACUAAAAAAUCAGUGUAAAGUCUGUUUAAAAUAAAAAAGAAUGUUUUCUAUGUCUGUAUAUCUUUUGUGAAUAUUUAUUAGGAUUUCUUAUUAAAAAAGUGCAAUAUUAAUAAUUGUACAUUGUCAUCCAGAAACAAAACUAUUGGGGGGACUUUAUUAACUAACUUCCUGCAGUUGUGUUCCUGUAAACUCAGUAGUGAUUAUUAUAUUUUUUCUAUUUUUAAUAGAACCUGGUGUUUAACUCUGGAUCCAUUCACUGUACAGGAUGUGUUGUAAAAACUAACAUGGGAUGCUGAGGCAGUAAGAGGGAAUUCAUUUGUGGCAUAACAGUUAUGCAUGGAAUGAUAAAGACAAAUUCCAUACUACUACUAAUGUGGUUAAUUAUUUCUAGUUCGAUAGUGAUUGAAAAUCAGUGGUCACUAUUUACAUUUCCUAAAAAGCAAGCAUCCUCCAGCUCCAUGUUGGGUUGGAGCAGUUGGCAGUGGGUCUCAGUGAGCUGGCAGAACCUAGGUUUGGGUGGGAAGCAGAAUGCUCGUUGCAUGAAAUGAAUGUACAUUUAAUGUUUGUUCUGUGAAUUGCAACUCAGCAGCACCACAAGACAAUGAAGGCUGCUGGCUAAUGUGGAAGGAGGCACUUUCUCCUCUAAAACACAAAACUGUAUUUGUAUUUUUUGUACAGAUAAUACAGCUUAUUUAUUUAAA